AUGACAACCAGCCCCAUAGCAACUGGCCCCUCCACCACUGGCACCACGACAACCAGCCCCAUAGCAACCGGCACCGCCCCCAGUGGGACCACGGCAGCCACCACCGUAGCAACUGACUCCACCCCCACUUCUGGAUCUCCAGCCCCCUCUGUGACCCCAUCGACUCUGCCAGGCACCUCCGUCCCGUGCCCCCCGAAUGCCCAUUACGAGGCCUGUGGUCUGGCCUGCCCCCCACGCUGUGACGACCCCCAGCUGAGCUGCGACCUGCCCUGCCAGCCGGGCUGCCAGUGUGACCCCGGGCACCUGCUGAGCGGGGGGCUCUGCGUUCCCCCCACGGACUGCGGCUGCUUCUACAACCACACCUACUACCAGCCCGGUGAGGUGAUCUACGCCGACGGCUGCCAUAAGAUCUGCCAGUGUCUGUCUAACAACAACACCCGCUGCUCUGAUGCCAGCUGCCGACCCGACCAGCACUGCGUCAGCCAUGGGGAUGGGGUACAGGGGUGCUUCCCAAUAGACUCCGCGACCUGCGUGGCGUCGGGCGACCCCCACUACACCACCUUCGACAAGAGGAAGUUCGAUUUCCAGGGCACCUGCACCUACGUCCUGGCCCAGCCCUGCAACGCCAGCCUGGCCCUGGCCCCCUUCACCGUCCGCGCCGCCAAUGAGCACCGGCAUGGGCAGAGCACUAUGUCCUACAUCCGGGCCGUGUUCCUGGAGCUGCCAGGGGCCUUCGUCGCCCUGCUCAAGAACCGCGUGGUGCAGGUGAACGGCUCCCGGGUGACCCUCCCCGCAGUCCCCGCCCCCGGCGUGUCCGUCCGUCUGUCCGGGACGUUCGCCGAGGUCCGGACGGAUUUCGGGCUGAUCGUCCGGUACGACGGGAACCAUUAUGCUGAAGUCCAGGUCAGCCAGCAGUAUCGGGGUGCCCUGUGCGGUCUCUGUGGUGACUACAACGGGGACCCCGGCAACGACUUCCGGACCCCGGCGGGGGGUGCGGCCAGCUCGGCCGGGGACUUCGGGGACAGCUGGGGUGUCGGCAACUGCACCCCGGCCGGCCCCCCCGUCACCCCCCAGUGCCCCGCGGACGUGCGGCUGGACUACGAGGGGCCCGGGGCCUGCGGGCUCCUGCUAGCCCCUGAUGGGCCCUUCGCCCCCUGCCACAGGCAGCUGAGCCCCAUGACCUUCUUCCAGGACUGCAUGUUCGAUCUCUGCGCGCUGGGGGGCGACCGGCGUCAGCUCUGCUCCGCCCUGGGCAGCUACGGGGCCCAGUGCCAGGCCCACAACGUCAGCCUGGGCCCCUGGCGCAGCCAGAGCCUCUGCCCCAUGCUCUGCCCCCCCAACAGCCAUUACGACCCGUGCAGGCCCCCCUGCCCCGCCGCCUGCCCUGAGGCCGGGGUGAGGGGCUGCCAGGAGCCCUGCCUGGAGGGGUGCACAUGUGACCCCGGCUUCCUGCUCAGCGGGGGAGCCUGUGUCCCCCAGGGGGGCUGUGGCUGCAGCUACGCCGGGGGGUACUAUGAGCUGGGCGAGGAGUUCUUUGGGCCGGGCUGUGGGUCGCGCUGCCGCUGUGAGGGGGGGAACCGGACCCACUGCCAGGCCUGGCAGUGCCGCCCCACAGAAACCUGUGGGCUCCACAAUGGCCUGUACGGCUGCCACCCCACAGCCAGCGCCCCCUGCUACGUCUCCGGGGACCCCCACUACCAGACCUUCGACGGCCGACGGCUCGACUUCAUGGGCACCUGUACCUACACCCUGGCCCGGCCCUGCGGCAACUACACAGGGCCCUGGUUCAGCGUUGAGGGGAAGAACGAGGCGCGGGGGCGCGGGGGCGUCUCCUACCUGCGCACGGUCUACGUCAGCCUGCCGGGGGCCAGCCUCACCCUGCUCAAGGGACAGCGCACCCUGAUCAACGGGACGCGGGUGACGCUGCCGGCCAGGCCCACCCGGGACUCGUCCGUGGCCCGCAGCGGCCAGUACGUGGCCGUGGAGACCUCGUUCGGUCUGGCCCUGCGCUGGGACGGGAACCAGUACCUGGAGAUCCGGGCCCCCAGCUCCUACUCCGGGCUGCUGUGUGGGCUCUGUGGGAACUACGACGGGGUGCCCGACAACGACAACCGGACACCGGCCGGGUGGCCGGCCGCGGACGGGGCCGCGCUGGGGAACAGCUGGCAAACCCCCGACGACGAGGACCCACAGUGCCGACCUGACGUCUCGGACAAGCCCGUCUGCACCCCAGGUGGCGAAAUAACGGCCAGCUGCCAACGGAUCCGCGACCCCCAGGGGCCAUUCAGGGACUGUUACAAACUGGUCCCCCCCACCCCCUAUUUCGAGAACUGCCUCUUCGACAUGUGCCAGUACCAGGGGCUGCGGGAGACCCUCUGCGCCCAGCUCCAGGCCUACACGGCCGCCUGCCAGGCCGCCGGCGCCCCCGUGCACCCCUGGAGGGGCCCCCAGCUCUGCCCUCUGGCGUGCCCGGCGAACAGCUCCUACACCCUGUGCGCCCAGCCGUGCCCCCCGACCUGCAGCCCGGCCUUCGCGCCCGUCGAGUGCCCGGCCCAGCACUGCGUGGAGGGGUGCGAAUGUCUCCUGGGCUUCGUGCUGAGCGGGCAGGAGUGCGUGGCAGCGAGCCGGUGCGGGUGCACAGGGCCCGACGGCGGGUACCACCCGCUCGGCGAGGUCUGGUACAACGCGGACUGUAGCGAGAAAUGCACCUGCCAGGGCCAAGAUGACAUCCGGUGCCAGGCGGCCUGGUGCCAGCCCCAGGAGCUCUGCCAGCAGCGGGAGGGAGAGUAUGGCUGUUACCCCACCGGCUCGGGGGUCUGUGUGGCGGCUGGGGACCCUCACUACACCACCUUCGAUGGGCGGCUCUUCCACUUCAUGGGCACCUGCAGCUACACCCUGACCCAGACCUGCAACGCCAGCGCCGGGCUCCCUGGCUUCUCCGCGGAGGCCACCAAUGAGCACCGGGGGGCCAGCACCCGGGUCUCCUACGUCCGCGCCGUGGCUGUGGAGGUGUUCGGCCACCGGGUGGCGCUGCUCAAGGGGCGCCGAGUGACGGUGGACGGGCAGCGGGUGACCCUGCCGGUGGGCCUGGCCGGGGGCCGGCUCGGGGUGCGGGUCAGCGGUGGCUACGCUCUGCUGCAGACGGACUUCGGACUGCGGGUUCGGUAUGACGGGAACCAGCGGGUCGAGGUUCUGGCGCCAUCGUCCUAUGCCGGGCGGCUCUGCGGGCUCUGCGGGAACUACAACGGGCAAAGCUCCGACGACAACCUCAUGCCCAAUGGCACUUCGGCCGGCACCGACGCCGACCGCCUGGGCGGGAGCUGGGCAGUGCCGGGCGCCAGCAGCCCGGGCUGCACCAACUCUGGGGACCCAGGCGUAUGUGACCCAGAGAUCAACCUGGAAGCUCAGAAGCCGACCAGCUGUGGAGCCCUGACCGACCCCCAGGGCCCCUUUGCCCCCUGCCAUGGGGCUGUGCCCCCCGCGGAUUCCUUCAAGAGCUGCCGCUACGAUCUGUGCGGCACCGGGGGUGAGACGACCUCCCUCUGCUACGCCCUGCAGUCCUACGCUGACCGCUGCGCCCAGGCUGGGGUCCCCAUCGCCUGGAGGAACAGCAGCCUGUGCCCCUUUAUCUGCCCCCCCGGCAGCACCUACACCCCCUGUGCCAGUCCCUGCCCGUCCAGCUGCACCGACCCGGGGGCGCCCAACAGCUGCCCCUCCCUGCCCUGCGUGGAAGCCUGCGCCUGCAACGACGGCUACGUUCUCAGCGGGGAGACGUGUGUCCCCCUGAGCCAGUGCGGCUGCAGCGACACGGACGGGCGGUACCACCCGGUGGGUGAGAGUUGGAUGGGGACCGAGAACUGCACCGAGCGCUGCACCUGCGCCAGCGCCAACAACAUGAGCUGUGAGCCGUGGAGCUGCAGCCCCGUGCAGGAGUGUCGGCCGGAGAACGGACUGCUGGGCUGCCAGGACACAAGAGUGGGCUCCUGCCACGUGGCUGGGGACCCUCACUACUUCACCUUUGAUGGGGCCAUGGUGACCUUCCUGGGCACCUGCACCUACACACUGGUGACCCUGUGCCGCGGGGACGGGCACCUGGAGCCCUUCAACGUCACAGGCAAGAACGAGGAGCGGGGCCGGCCCGAGGCCUCCUACCUGCGCCUGGUGCACGUGGAGAUCGGCGGCGCCCGCUUCACGCUCAUGAAGAACCGACGGGUGCUGGUGGAUGGGGAGCGGGUCCGCACCCCGGUGCUGGGCCGUGUUCCCGGCGUCUCUGUCAGCACCAGCGGUGUCUACACGGAGCUGCGGAGCCAGGCUGGGCUGCUCGUCCGGUUCGACGGGAACCAGCACCUGGAAAUCCAGCUCUCCGGCAUCUACUUCGGCCAGGUCUGCGGCAUGUGUGGGAACUACAACAACCAGAGCCAGGACGACCUGGCCCUGCCCAGCGGGCGCCCGGCCGCCAACGCCACCGACUUCGGCAACAGCUGGCGGGCGCCCGGCGACCCCGACCCGGGCUGCCAGCCGGACAACCGCGAGGACCUGGACCCCCGCUGCAGCCCGCAGGAGAAGGAGCGGUUCGGUGCCCUGUGCCAGGAGAUCCUCUCGCCCAAAUACCAGGCCUGCCAUGGGCUCCUGGAUCCCCAGCCCUUUGUCCAGAGCUGCCUCUUCGACAUGUGCGAAUACCAGGGCAUGGCCUCCACCCUCUGCGACAUCGUCCAGGCCUACGCCGAAGCCUGCAAGAGCCAGGGCGUGGCCGGCCUCUCCUGGAGAAACAGCACCUUCUGCCCCCUGCCGUGCCCCCCGCACAGCCACUACACCGAGUGCGCCUCGCCCUGCCCGGCCACCUGCUCCGACCUCUACGCCCCAGCCAGCUGCCCAAGCCCCGCAGCCUGCGUGGAAGGCUGCGCCUGCGACCGCACCUACGUGCUAAGCGACGAGACCUGCGUCGCCAUGGGGGAGUGUGGUUGCCUGGAUGACCAGCAGGGUUACCAUAGCUCGGGGGACACUUGGUUGAGCAGCGACUGCAGUGAACGCUGCGCCUGCCUGGCGAACAGUAGCGCCCCCUGCCAGCCAUUCCAGUGCCCGGCGGGGUCCCACUGCGCUCUCAACAGCGCCGGGGUCCACUACUGCAAACCCACCAAAUUUCACCAGUGCACCGUCUCCGGCGACCCCCACUACCGCACCUUCGACCGUUACGUCUACCACUUCCAGGGCCGGGCCACCUACACCCUGACCACCACUCUGCCCACGCUGCCCGGGGCCCUGCCUCCGUUGAGCGUCUCGGGCCGGAACGGGCGCUGGGUCGCCCGCCACCGGGUCUCCUUCCUGCGCGAGGUCUACGUCUUGGUGUAUGGCUACCAGGUCACCAUGAUGCAGGGCCGCAAACUGGCGGUGAGCACCCCAAUGAACCGGCCGCCCCGCCCCAGAGGUGGCUGCAUCUCAGCGCUGGGUGACAGGUCCCUGGAUAACCAGCCGCCCCACCCCAGAGGUGGCUGCUGA